UAAACCGUGUAUUACACGUGAAUUUGACAACCACAAGGCAUGUUUUAAGUUCUAAGGCAAUUUUAUUGACAACAUUUCACACAAAAAAACGCUUUACUCGCCCCCUCUCAGAACAGCCGAAUUCCGAGCUACGAACAAGCAACCAUUGCCUGGGCUACCUGUGGUUUUAUUAGCACAAUCGAUUUCGUCCAUAAGCAACAACCGUUAUCAAGGCCUUUGGUCACGUGUGCGCAACGGUCUCUAUUUCCGCUGAAACGCCAGGGAGCUUGGGCGCGAAGACAAAAGAAUGUGACGUCACAAAUUUUGCAUAAUGCGAAGUGCAGUUCCCGGAACUCGAAGCUCAAGCGCAACACCCAAAACUUAUCAUAAUCGUCAGAUCAGCUCGAGGUGUGUGUGUACCCGGAUGUAGUCCUAACGCGCAGUGUGUCGCCAUCAGCGGCCGCAAUGAGUGUGUCUGCAUGCCCGGUUUCCAAGGAGAUGGCUUUACUUGUGAAGACAUCGAUGAGUGCACCAAUAAGACGGAUGACUGUGAUGCCAAUGCGCUGUGCACCAAUGUUCCUGGUUUAUACGUCUGUCGCUGUCUCAAGGGAUUCGAAGGCGAUGGCAAGACUUGCAUCGACGUGGAUGAAUGCGCUGGUGGCACGGCGAUGUGUGCCUUGGAGGCUUCAUGUCUGAACACACUCGGCUCGUUCAGAUGCAAUUGCAUGGAAGGCUACACCGGUGAUGGCAAAACAAGCCAAGACAUCGAUGAGUGUACCAAUAAGACGGAUGACUGUGAUGCCAACGCGCUGUGCACCAAUGUUCCUGGUUUAUACGUCUGUCGCUGUCUCAAGGGAUUCGAAGGCGAUGGCAAGACCUGCAUCGACGUGGAUGAAUGCGCUGGUGGCACGGAGAUGUGUGCCUUGGAGGCUUCAUGUCUGAACACACUCGGCUCGUUCAGAUGCAAUUGCAUGGAAGGCUACACCGGUGAUGGCAAAACAUGUCAAGACAUCGAUGAGUGCACCAAUGAGACGGAUGACUGUGAUGCCAACGCGCUGUGCACCAAUGUCCCUGGUUUAUACGUCUGUCGCUGUCUCAGGGGAUUCGAAGGCGAUGGCAAGACCUGCAUCCGUACCGUAAAUGCUAUAGUAAACGCCAGGAGCGGUCAAUAGAUAGGAGACCCGAGGAGUUCAAUAGAUAUGAGGCGUUUCUUUACAAACUAUAACAAUAUAAUAAACUCCAGCGUUAGCAAGCGUUUCUUGAUAUUAAGCAAGUCUUACCAGUAGAAGCCAAAUUAAUUAAAUUUGAUUUAUAUUUACUGAAAUUCGUAGGGGCGUUAAAUAGAGGGGGGCGUUUGUUAGAGAGGGGCGUUCAAUAUAAACUUGUAAGCUUGGGGGGAGGCGUUCAUUACAUAGAGGGCGUUUAUUAGAUCAUUUACGGUAAGCACUCUACGAGUUUCUUGUCUUACUGGUUUUCUUUAAUUUCUCGUAGACAAUGCCAUCUAUAAGGGUUUUAAGCUGCAAUCAGCGAAUUAAAUUUUGUUCAGUGGAAAA